AUGGCGACUGUCAUGCAGAAAAUCAAAGAAAUCGAAGAUGAGGCUAAGCUUGCAAAACUUCGAAGGGAACUUCUUGCACCGCCAUCGAAGGGAGGUGGUGGUGCUGGAGAAGGUUUUGAUGUUACAGAAAGUGGAGAUGCAAGAAUCGGUCUUGUAGGUUUUCCAUCCGUCGGGAAAUCGACCCUUUUAAACAAAUUAACUGGCACUUUUUCAGAGGUUGCUUCAUAUGAAUUUACCACCUUAACUUGCAUUCCAGGUGUAAUCAUGUAUCGAGGAGCUAGAAUCCAGGUAUUAUUUUCUGCUCAAACAAUUUAUUUUGUUAAAGGAUUGUUGAAGAUUCCAGAAAUAUUGCAGAUUGUUUGGAUACACAAUGCUGAUAUUCAUCUUAGGUAUGAUGCAACUGCUGAUGACCUCAUAGAUGUCAUUGAGGGCAGUAGAAUAUAUAUGCCUUGCAUCUAUGUUAUCAAUAAGAUCGAUCAGAUUACACUUGAAGAGCUGGAGACUCUGGACAAACUUCCACACUAUUGCCCAGUCAGUGCUCAUCUAGAAUGGAACCUUGACGGUCUGCUGGAGAAAAUAUGGGAAUAUCUCAAUUUAACUCGCAUAUACACAAAGCCCAAGGGGAUGAACCCAGACUAUAAUGAUCCUGUAAUAUUGUCAUCAAAAAAGAGGACAGUUGAGGAAUUCUGCAACCAUAUUCACAAGGACAUGGUUAAACAAUUUAAAUAUGCAUUAGUUUGGGGUUCAAGCGUGAAACACAAGCCCCAGAGGGUGGGCAAGGAACAUGAAUUGGAAGACGAAGAUGUUGUACAAAUCAUUAAAAAGGUGUAGAAGUGAAAGUAGACGAAAACAUUGCAACAUGAUGCAUGAAUGGAAUUUCUAGCAUGGAAGUUUUUUUCUUGUCCUUGAAGUGAAUUACGAGUAGGCCGAUCUGGGGAUCGACAUGUAACUAACCCAUUUUAUGGUGAUUUUAUCUAUAAUAUUUUACGGAAUUUUAUUCCGUCUUC